AUGGAGCUGGUGGCGGAGCUGCGCGGGCGCGACGGGCAGACGCGGUCGGUGCGGGUGCCGUACCCGGCCGAGGAGGGCGAGGGCGCGCAGCUGCGCGGGCUGCGGCGGGCGCUGGCCGAGCUGCAGGAGCGGGUGGUGGAGCUGCUGGCGCCGCUGGUGCAGGAGGAGCGGGAGGCGGCGGGCGGCGGGCGGCCGCGCGGGAAUGCCGACAGCGACGACGAGGAGGAGGAGGACGGGGAGGAGGACGAUGAAGGCGAAGACGAAAACAACCUGGACGCGAAGGCGAGCGCCGAUGACCCGCCUCCAAAGCGGACGAGAGUUCAGCGGCCCUGACGGUGCCGUUACACACCGGGCUCAGGCGGGGCCGGCCGGGCUGUGCGCGCCCCGGGCCGGGGCUCGGCCCGCUCGGACCCGGGCGGCGCCUGCGGAGCUUCUGCUCCGGUUCGAGAAGUGAAACGUCGGUCCCGACGCCGCUUUAAUGCGGAGCCUUAAUGACAGGACGCGCCUGGGUGUUAGCAGCGCGUCGCUUACAGGGCACCAGUGUUCCGCUGAGUAAACGACAAAUAUAAAAGUGUGCUCACAAGCCUUCUGACUGGUACGUUUUCAGUGACCUUUCCCAAGUCGUAAUAGUUCUUCGUGUGACUUAAACUUUCAGAGUCAAAAAAUCUGGAAAGUUACUCUGGGAGAUAGGAUCUUAAAAUGGUACAAGACAACUUUUAUUUGUAUGGAAAGCAGUAGAAGACCACUAUAUUCAAAAUAAAAAAAAAAAACACCAGUAGGACUGUGUCCAUUCCUGUACAAUCCUACAACAGAAGAUUAUUUUUGCCUAUCAUCUAAAAGGUUUCUUUUAGUCACCCAUCAAUCAAUUACGUUCCUGGAAAAGGUCAUAGGCAAAGUAGAUUGAAAGAGUUGGGAAUCUUGGUUUCAAAAAAAUUCUCUGUUUUUGUGACUGCCAAGAAAGUGAUGAGUCUGUGUGAUAAUUAUCUUCAGUAUUCCACAAUUAAAAGCCUGUUUUCUCCAAA